UAGAGGAAUAGCGGGUGUUCCGUAACGCAAUAUGAGGCAGAGAAUCGAAACGGGAUUAUUUUAUUCCGCUAUGGAUAUGAGUGCAGCCUAUAGACUGAGUGAGUAGAAACGAUUCGUCUCUUUCCGAAAAAAUUGUCUCUUUUUAGGACCAAGCGGCCCUCUCGACCUCCAUGCUGGCUCUGGCAAGGUACCAAGUAGCACAAGUGCCGACUAGCCAAUGGGGUUCAGGGGGAGGUCCCUGAGCUCUGACCAGUCAAACACACUCUCCUUCCUUAUAUGGCAGCCGAUCUCCAUGGUAACGUGUGCUAAGUUGCAGCAGUCGUGUCAAAGUUCACUAUAUAGAGAGCUCAGUGAGCUGAUCAGAGAGAAAGCAUUCUGCCAGCCCGGCUCCUACCAAUCGCAAAUCACUUCCUAACCUCCGCCUUUUUAACAUAUUUGAUCACUUUGAUUCUAUGCUCCUUUUUCCUAUUAUUUUUCGGUGCACGGAGGAGGUUUGUAGGUUGCGAUCCUUGUUUUUUUCUGUUUUUUUGUGUUAGUGCUUUCGCUUUUUUGUGGGGGGGGGGAGAAGAGAAGAGAGUUGUCUUCAUAUUCCAGGCUCUCGAAAAACAUUGGCUUCAGCUGCGCGCUCGCUGGCGCUGCCUCACGAGAAGAAAAGGAAGAAGACGCGCACGUUUCCUUUUUUUCUACCCAGUUGGUGAUUGUCUUCGAGACUUGUGCUGGAACUUGACAGUCGCUGCCUUCAGCGCGUGCUCGCCAAUUGUUGUACGCUGCUCGCAGGCACGGCCGCACCGACCUGCUCCAUCACUGCCCGCUCAGUCCACGCUACCUCGGCGUGCCGCGUCUGAAGACUCAGCCCGCCUCCCCCGUUGACGGCUGUGCUGGAUGGCUGACUGCGAGCGCCCCUGGACUUGGCCUUUCAGCGCGAGGCAGCGACCCAGCUCGCCGUCGCGUCAGUUCUGAAAAAACGUGCUUCGCGGCGACCCCCCAACAGCAAUAAAUCGACAGUUUUCGGGAGCCCCACUUGCUUCAGCGCAGCCCAGACUUGACAUCUUUGUGUGUCCGGCAGUUGGCCGCGUUUCCUCGAGACAUUAUCCACCGCGACACCAAAACGGCAGACAAAAAGUUUCUUUACGUUGACUGAUAGAUAUGGCAAUGGUAGUGUGGAGAGGCUCCCAGGACGAUGUGGCUGACACCCAAGGCACCCUUUCCUCGCAGACCCAAGGAGGACUAUCUCUACCCACUCCUCAACCAGGCCAGUUGAAUCUGACAGCCUCUCAGGUCGCCCCUCCGACCCCUCAGACUCCCGUCCAAGGACCCCCGAACAACACGCAGUCCACGCCGACGAACCAGACGACGCAGCAGUCGGAGAAGCAGCCGCAGCACAUCGAAUGCGUGGUGUGCGGGGAUAAGUCGAGCGGCAAACACUAUGGCCAGUUUACCUGCGAGGGCUGCAAGAGCUUCUUCAAACGGAGCGUACGACGGAACCUCACUUACACAUGCCGUGCCAACAGGAAUUGUCCAAUCGACCAGCACCACCGCAAUCAGUGUCAGUACUGCCGCCUCAAAAAAUGCCUUAAAGUCGGCAUGAGACGGGAAGUUUCUCUUUUUACUGCAGCCGUGCAAAGGGGACGGGUGCCACCCACACAGCCACACCACGGUCAGUUCGCCUUGACAAAUGGAGACCCACUCCACUGCCAUUCCUACUUAUCCGGAUAUAUCUCUCUUCUGCUGAGAGCGGAGCCCUACCCAACGUCCCGGUAUGGCAGUCAGUGCAUGCAGCCCAACAACAUAAUGGGCAUCGAGAACAUUUGUGAACUAGCAGCCAGGAUGCUCUUCAGUGCCGUGGAGUGGGCCAGGAAUAUUCCCUUCUUUCCAGACCUUCAGAUAACCGACCAGGUGGCUCUGCUGAGGUUGACGUGGAGUGAGUUAUUUGUGCUCAACGCCGCGCAGUGCUCCAUGCCGCUGCAUGUGGCUCCCCUCCUGGCGGCGGCUGGCCUUCACGCCUCCCCCAUGUCCGCGGACAGAGUGGUGGCCUUUAUGGACCACAUUAGGAUCUUCCAAGAACAAGUGGAAAAGCUCAAAGCUUUGCACGUUGACUCUGCCGAAUAUAGCUGCUUAAAGGCAAUUGUGCUCUUCACCACAGAUGCUUGUGGCCUCUCAGAUGUGGCCCAUGUGGAAAGUUUGCAGGAGAAGUCCCAGUGCGCCCUGGAGGAAUAUGUCCGGAGCCAGUACCCCAACCAGCCAACACGGUUUGGGAAGUUGUUACUCCGCUUGCCUUCCCUCCGCACAGUCUCUUCCUCGGUCAUAGAACAAUUAUUUUUCGUCCGAUUGGUAGGUAAAACCCCAAUUGAAACUCUCAUCAGGGAUAUGUUGCUUUCGGGGAGCAGUUUUAACUGGCCGUACAUGCCAAUUCAGUAAACCAAGAAGGAGACGAACAAACAAAAGGUGGGGUUGGGGGGCUGCGAGACUACAAUGAUAAUAGCUGCUUAUGUGGAAGGAAUAAAAAAGCAACCGGCUGUUACACGGGGCUGGCUUUCAUGAAGAAAGACAUUGACGUAAAUGACUGUGAAUCCCCCCCCCCCUACUCCAAAAAAAAAAAGACAUCCACUGAACUUUCAAAAUGGCAGAUACAUGCUCCCAGUGUUCACGCAGAACUACCUGCUUCGAUUCAUUUUUUUUAAUGAAAGAAGAAAAAUGAGAAAAAAAUGAAAAGGGAUUUUGUUGAUCCUCAUAAGGAAAAUUUAAGUAUUAAGUGCAUUAAAAAUGAUAAUUUGGGUAAAAAGAAAAAAAAAACUGGAGAAAGGGAAAAUACGAAAACGUGAAUUUUCUUUUCUCAAAUGACUUGUCCUGUGUCCAUGUAUAGCUGUGUUUUGUACUUUCUUUGUUCCUCCUUUCUGGUUCCAAACCGGCCUAUGUGAUUUCUGUAGUACAGGUGGUGUUAUUUUCUAAGACAAUGAUUUAUUUUGAAAAAGGUGAAAUAAUGGAAAAAAAAAGUUCUAAAAAGAAUUAAAACCACAGCAAUAGGACUAUAGGCUUAUAAUAGGCUUAAUGCUGCAAGCGCACUUAUUCUUAGGAUGACCAAUACCAUCUGGGGAAAAGAAAGGCUUUUGGAGUUUAUGUUCAACUUUAUGACCCAGCAGAAAUAUUUUACUCUUUUAUUAACAUGAAGUUACAGGAUCUGCUUUUAUUUUUACUUGCUGCUUUCAAGUAAGGCCACAUGAACUCUCAUAGUUGAAGAUUUCGUAUUUUGACUUGAGGAAUUUACACAAUUAAAUGUAGUUGGCGAAUGAUCUCAAAUGAAUAUUUAGCAUCAGUCCCCCAGUUGGAUCAGUUUUAAAAAUCCUACAAGUUGCAUAGAUGUCCUGCAUCAAACAGGUCGCUCUGAAUGCAUUAGAGUGCAUUUAGUGGCUCAAGCUACACUGUAAGCAUAACUCAGUUGUAAAAAUCUAGAAAGGUCAAGGGUCAUAAAAGUUUGAAGCCUAGGCAGAGUAGUGUUUAAUGGCAGUAUUAUUAAGGCGUCCCUGAAAUGUCACCCUUUAUUCACUUCAAGCAUUAAGUGCCUGACAAGCAUGAUGUGAUUUCUUAUCAAAACGUUGUUAAAGUAGGCCUGCAACAUUUUGGGGGAACACAAUUAAGAUUUGAAACUUCAGUCGUGUGUUUCACUGGAAACACUGAUUAGAGGCAGUAUUCUUGUAAAUAUAGGUCAAUUCAUUUCAACGAGUUUUUCCUUUAUACAAAGUAUAUGUGAUUAAGAAAAUCUGUGGUUGCCAUUUUUUUUCUCGGUAAUACAACGUCUUCAAAAUUGAGUGGCAGACUUAGCUAGUAGCACUGAAAGUUAUGUUUUUAAUGUAUAUACAUACUACAAAUGUUUUCUUUUUCAUGUAUAUUUAGACUGUGAAUGCAUGGCCACAGGUCGCUAACCUAUUUUACCUUUGAUAUAUAAAUGUAAAUGUUUUCUCUCUCUUCUUUUUUGACUGUAUAGAUAUAAUCUGUGCAUUCAGUACACUAGCCCUUGUAUUUAAAGAAACAAAAAAGAAAAGACACGACGUUCAUUAUUAGGCUACAGACUUAAACAGGGUGAGCAGGUUUGGAGAAGGAGCUGAUAUUUUAACUUUAGUGUCACUGCUCCUUUGGUCUUUGACAGGUGCCGUAGUGUGCUUGAGCGUGCGCGCGCACGCCAGAGAGAGCAAGCGAGAGAGUGUGUGCGCGCGCGUGCGUGCGUGUGUGUAUGUUUGUAUUUGGAGGCUACCAAUUUUGUCCUUGUUUUGAGGUUUUUCUUCCACACACACAAAAACACCAUGUUGUGGUUGAAUUAAAAGGGAUCACUGAUUGAACACUGAUCUGUGGCUGUGCGUAGCCACAUAUGGACCAGAGAAUGAUACAUGAUUGUAAUUAUGAACAGUUUAAACUGACCCACGUUUUUAUAUAAAUAUAUAAAAAUAUAUGACUGCAGGGUAUUGAUAACGUAUAGAUACUUUUUUUAUGAUUAUUAUUAUUAUUAUUAUUAUUAAUUGCAAGUGAUAUAUGUGAGUGUGUGUGAAAGUUUAUAGUUGAACACAAUUCUUGUUUGUUUGUGUUAGCUUAUUGUAAACAAGCAUUCUGCUGUAAAUUUGUUCUUGGUAUUAAAUUAUAAUUUAUGAAUUUGAAAACA